UCUUCUGAUUAACUAUGAUAAAAACGACGUCUAUGGUCAAGAGGCACAUCGAUUGUCUGAACUUCAUCCUGAUUAUAAAAAAUUCAAGGAGGUAAAACCUGGUCAUAUUGAAAAUAAAUUUCGGUAUGUUGAUAGCGAAUAUGAGGUUAUCCAUUCGACUGUAUCUGACUGUUUGAGUGAUGUAACAUUUCGACUGAGGACACCACAUUAUAUUGGUCAAAAACUUUGUGGAGAGGAUGUGGUUAUUCGCACUUUUCCAACUGAAGUAAAUCUGGUCCAUGAAAACACCGAAUAUACCAAGAAUGUGAGCUUGGAACUGGAAAGCUCUUGUGGCUCAUCGAAAUCAUCGUUUGACAAGACGGACGUCGUUAUGUUGACAUUGAUAGAGAAGGACUUGGAUAAUGUUACAUCGCACAUUAUUAAAUCUAUCAGAGUUGAUCCUCUUUCAGUUGAUUUUUAUCCUCAUAAACUGACCUUGGAACAUCUCGAGAGUAUCGUUAAAUUUUGGCAAAGAUAUUGUGAUUAUCAAUGCCUAAAUAUAUGUCAAAGUCCUUCAAUUCUAUUCGACGGACAACCUGGUUAUCUUUCUCCAUUUUUUAAAGAAAACUGUGCAGAAAUUUUUAUGAAUAAUUGUACAUUCUCUCCAAGAGAAGUCGACUAUCCGCAAAUGUUGGCAGAAAUGGAAAAGUUCAUCACAACUCUGAAAUACCUGCUUCUAUUUCGCCGUAAAGAUUCACCAACAUGUCGAUUUCUUCUUCAAGACUACUUGGUAGUUCUUGAAUUGGACUACAAAACAGCUUCACUGUUCCCAAAAUUGACUAAAAACCAUUAUUUUAUCGCCACUUUUGUAGAUGUUGAAAAAAAACAGACCAUAACCCGACAAAUCGACGAAUGCAGGAUUAUUCUUUGAUUAAAACUUUAUGUUCGACUAAAAAACUUUUUUGCUUCAAACCUCAUAUCUCAAUAUUCACGCUUUUUUGACGAUAAUUUGAAAUUUAAUAUGCUGUAAAAUAACUUUGCUCAAUUCAAUGG